AUGGAGAAGCGGUGUCAUCAAGAUCCAAAAUUCGGUUCACUCUACAAGGACUUCAUGGUCGAGUACGAAAACCUGAAACCUGAUAUGAGUCCAGUUAGGAAGAGCACCUCAGCAAUGUGCUACUUACCUCAUCACGGGGUCCUGCGUGAAUCCAGCUCCAGCACGAAGCUCCGCGUCGUAUUCAAUGAAUCUCAACGCACACAUUCAGGAGAGUCACUCAAUUCACAUCUCCUAGUCGGCGAAAAUUUACUACCCACUCUGGCCGACAUCAUUCUUCGGUGGCGUCGGCACCGCUACGUGUUCAUUACCGACAUUGAGAAAAUGUACAGACAAAUUCUCGUUCACCCGGAAGAUCGUCGUUUUCAGCGCAUAUUGUGGCGUCCGAGCACCACUAACGUCGUCACCGAGUACGAGCUGAACACGGUGACCUAUGGACUCGCUUGCGCUCCCUUCCUAGCGGUCAGAACGCUGAGACAAUUAGCGUCUGACGAGGAGUCUCGCGGUCCACUAGGAGCUUCUGCCUUGCAACACGACUGCUAUGUGGACGACAUCAUCACUGGAGCCAACACCCUGCCCGAUGCGCUCUCCUUGCAAGCACAAUUGAGAGAGAUCUGCAUGGCGGGCGGGUUUCCGCUGCGUAAGUGGGCAGCAAACAAUUCGGCCCUGCUAUCCAGCAUCCCUCAGGAUCAUCAGCUCCAUCAGGCUCAUCACGCCUGGGAGGGCGAGGUACACUCCACUUUGGGUCUGCGCUGGCAUCCGGCAAGCGACGACUUUUCCUUCGCAAUCCAACCUCGCAUCGCAACGGAGUUGACCAAGAGACGAGUUCUAGCCGAAACCGCACGGCUGUUUGAUCCGCUGGGAUGGCUCUCUCCAGUCAUAGUCAGGGCCAAGAUCCUGAUUCAGUCUACUUGGCUAAAAAGGUUGGAUUGGGACACCCCUCUUUCAGCAGAGGAGACAAAACAGUGGCAAAUCCUCUUGAAUGAGCUUCCCUCACUAGAGCAUCUUCGCAUCAAGCGUUGGAUACAAUCAGGGAGCAGCGAUGCGCAGCUGGAACUUCACGGCUUCGCCGACGCCUCAGAACGAGGUUUGGCCGCCGUCGUCUACCUCCGCUCGGCAUCAGCCGAUCAUAUUUCGUCUCACCUCCUGGCGGCCAAGACCAAGGUCGCUCCAAUCAAACCUGUGACGCUCCCCCGACUUGAGCUCUGCGCCGCCGCCCUGCUGGUAAAUCUCGUGUGCCAAGUCCGGUCAACACUGGAGUUCUCUUCAUUGGCCGUGCAUCUAUGGACCGACUCCAAGGUCACCCUCCACUGGAUCAAGGGCCAUGCCUCCCGAUGGAAGACAUAUGUGGUCAACCGAGUGUCUUCAAUCCAGCAGAAGCUUCCCGAAGCUCACUGGAAACACGUUCCGGGUCGAGAGAAUCCCGCGGACUGCGCCUCAAGGGGAAUUUCGCCGAAGGAGCUCCUGACUCAUCCUCUCUGGUGGACCGGGCCCAACUGGCUACGCCAGGAACACACUCAAUGGCCAGUCAACACCAGCGACGACUCCCUCGAGAGCAUUCCUGAAAAGAGAAUACAUCUUUCAGUGAACACGUAUCGCAACGACUCCGAGCCGGAACUUCUCCUCCGAUUCUCAAACUUACACAGGCUCUUGCGAGUCUCUGCCUGGUGUCACCGAUGGCGCAAAACUACCGUCCACGCUCAUGACAUCAUGCUACAUCAAGAUGAGAUCAAUGCAGCUCAUGGAGAUAAAGGAGAGAGUAUAGAGCCGUGA